CGUUUGAACACAAUGAAUGCACCUUUGACUUCUUGCACAACGAUAAUUACACGGUUCACUCCUCUCCGAACAAUGUUCGAACGAGGGUGUUUGAUGGUUUUUUUUUGGAACUAGCUAGUUACGUUACUCUUACUCCUAUGGAGGUUCAGUGAGAGCUCUGAAAACUAAGGCUAUGGCUAAUUUGCAGAGAAAAGGAUAAAGUUUGACAUUGUGCAUCAAAUGUUUGAUUGUGGAACCCUUGCUUCGUUUUCACUUAUCCUAUUUAUAGCCAUCUCUUGUAACUGCCGUGUAACCGUCUCUGUUAACCGCUUCUCCUCUGCCUGGUGCUUGAUGUAGCUUGCUUGACGCCUUGACUAUCUAACGUGCUUGCCACUUGAUACCUUGAACCUUGAUGACUUCACUUGAUAGCUAUCCCCUUGUGCCAUGGAGGUGUCUUGUUUGGUGAGUGAGGGCUUCACGCUUGGUGGUACUCGUGCUUAGGGAUUUUAAUGAGUCAAGGCGAGCUUUGCCAUAGUUCGGUCUCGGCUCGUUAAUAUAUUUCCAGACUCGAGCUCGGCUCUUGUUCGUCACGAGCUCGGCUCGUUUAUGAAAAUGAAAGCUCAAGCUCGGCUCGUCAAAUAAGCUUAACGAGCCCAAAAUCGAGUUCAACUCAUAAAAUCUUUAUGAUAGCUCAAGAUUGACCUAGAAUUGCGCACAAAAUUACAUUAAAACCUGUAGCAAAGUCUAGCAAAGUAAAAAACACAAUAUUUAUCCCAAUUUCAAUACAUCAAGUCCAUGAAUUCUAAUCCUCUUUUUAUGCCAAACCAUUAAAUGAGCUUGUUCGCGAGCUUUCGAGCUGAACAUAGUAUGGCUCGAGUUCGGCUCGUUUAGUUAACGAGCUUGUUCGCGAGUGUCGAACGAGUUUUUCUCCAGUCGCACACCGAGCCGUUCAUGAGCGGCUUGGUUCAUUAACAACCCUACUCGUGCUAACCACCCUCGACAUUAGGGUGCUUGGGGGUCUAAUGAAUGCACAUUGACCCCCUUGGGGUGGCAUCAUGCUUGCGAGGUCUUGACAAGGUGGUCUACCACGUGAUGAUAUACAUGGCUGACAUAACAUGCCUGCUACUUGUGAUGAUGUCCUUGCACGACACCAUGUUUGACACCCUAGCACACGAUAGAUAGUAGCCAUGGUGUUUAGUGCUUACCCCCCUUGCAUGACAUCAUGCUUGACCCCCCCGGGAUGAUGUCAUGCUUGACCCCCCUUGUGGUGGGUCUCAACACUUAGCCAAAUUCUCACCUUCUGUCCCCAUCACAUAUAUGGAUACUCUCGAUGCCCCCCUUGCACGACAUCAUGCUUGAUACCGGAGUGCAAGGGUAGGUAGGCGGCCAUGGUACUUGACCCCCUUGCACGACAUCAUGCUUGACCUCUCUGGGAUGAUGUCAUGCUUGACCCCCCUUGUGAUUGGGUAUCAACACUUAGCCACGACGCCAUCCUUCACACCCUAGCACAAGGUAGCUAGGCCGCAUAGUACUCUUGGUGUUUAACUCCAUUGGACGAUGUCAUGCUUGACCCCCCUUGUGGUUGGCUCAGUGGCUCUCAACACUUAGCCAAAUUUCCACUCCUUUGCCGCCACAUCCUAGAGGUAUACACGUUGCCCUUGUCUAAGGGUACUAGUGAUAGCUCUCCUUGCACGACAUUAUACUUGACACCCUAGCGUAAGGUAGGUAGACGACAUAGCGCUUGACCCCCCUUGCAUGACAUCAUGCUUGACCCCUCUUGUGGUUGGGUCUCAACACUUAGCCAAAAUUUUCCUUCUUCCAUUCCACGUCUAGAGGUAGUUACGCAAGGUAGGUAGGCGGCUGGUGGGGCGAAAUUUGGCUAAGUAUGGUUGGGUGCCCACUUGGGUGGCUGAUGUUGAAGGGUGUCAAUGUUUGGCGCUUGACCCCCCUUGUGGUUGGGUCUCCAUACUUAGCCAAUUCUCAUGCUUGGGUACUUGGGAAAAUUUCAUACCAAGGGGUUGGAGGCAUUGUCCGGCUAUGGCGGCAGCUAACCGCUAUGCCAAUGAUAGGGGGCUUGGCCACUUAGUCCCAAAAUCCUAAUAAGGCCCAGCUAGCUCAUUUAUGGAUUAAUGUUGAGUUGGCCUUAUAAAUCCAUGAAAUCCUUUAUAAUUAAUCGAUGUGGUAUGAGAUUAAUUUUUAGGUGUAAACAAUUAAAAAACCAAUUGAACUGAUGCGGCUGGAAAAAGAAGAGAGCGAGAUGCAUCGUCAAUCGAAGCUCCGUCGCAGCGGCUGCGCCGCCAUCGAUGCAUCUGUAGUUGCCUGAUCGCCAUUGCCGUCCAGCCAUCGAAGCUCGCGCGCCUCCGCACCGCCAGAUCCUCACAGACACGCCGUUGCCGAGGCCACUACUGCGUCUUGCCGUCGUUUCCCUAACGCUUCUGCCUGCUUUGUUCGUUGAGGAGAGAAAGGAGGGAUUGAAUCAUGAAUCGAGAAGGCCAAAAGAGUCUCUUCUUCCGCCUUCCUUUACUGCUUCCAUAUCUACAAUCGCGAUUUGACAAUCUGGUGGAUAUACUCCCGACUAGCAGAGAGCAAGUCACCGGAGCCAGCUAUCUCGUGAGUUCGAAUGCAUCUCUCAAACCCAGCCCACAAGAACUUUUUCCGCCCAAAAUCUCACUCUUUGCGAAGACGAAUUUUGAUUAGCUCCGUUCUGCAUUGUUGUUUCUCGUUCGUGUGAUUUAGGGGAAACUUGAUUGUACAGUAAAAGUGGUUGUCAAAGGGUAUGGAUUUGAUUUGCUUUUUGGGUUCUCGGUUUUUUUUUUUUAAAGACGUUCUCAUUAUUCUUGUAAGAGGAAAAUUGUCACCAUAAUUAUUUAUAUAUUUUAUUUAUUUAGUUUUUUUAAUCCAUGUGGAUUUUCACUGACGAAAUGCCGUUAGGUCAGCAUUUUCGCCAGUCCAGUGGGAUUAUUAAGUAACACGGUUAAAUGGAUGGAUGGAAAUGGCUAUUUUGUGUAUUUUGAAAGAUGUGGCUAUAGUUGGCACAAACAUGAAAGUUUUUGGCUAUACAAGUGUAUUUUGCCUAAAAUUUAUUGGAUUGUAAAUCUGAGUAUCCGACCAGUUAGGGGUGAACAAUUGGCCCGAAAGCCGACCCAUUUAAGAAACCCGACCUAAGCUAUAUUACACGGGAGGAUGAGGUUUCUGAAAUGAAGAAUAUAUUGAGUAUUGGGUUGGGUACGAGUUGGGAUUUUAAAACCCCAGCAAACUCAAACCAACCCAUGCACACAACCAGUAAGAUGACAAGUUGACAACACAUAUAAAGAUAAUUUUCCUAUCUCUAUCUCUAGGAUUCCAUGUCUUCCUUUCAUCCGUCGCCCUCCCGGCCUCCCUCAUCAGUUCUUCCUUCCAUCUCCCCAUUAAACACGAGCAUCUCUCUGCCUUCAAUCUCCCUUAUCAAUUCUGCCUUCCAACUAAGAUUCAUGUAAUCCCAUUCCUUUCAUCCGUCGCAAGUGAAAACCUUGAUAUCAUAAACCCAAUCUUCCGUGCGUUCUCUCAUCGGUGAAGCCAACGCCCACGACAACUUGAAGCAAGGCAAGAGCAUGACGCGUUUAGGAGACGGAGAUCCCUGCCCUUCGGAGAUCUAGAGGAACCACCAGCUGCUUCAAUCGUUCCGUGAACACAAUCUCCUCCGCCUUGACGACCAUCGAUUCUUCCGCGCGCGCCUCCCUACUGUGGGUCUCUUUCUUUGGAUUUCUUCUUCUUCCAAGUCAAAUCUAGGGAACAAUCGUCUCAAUCUGGUUCUUGUUUCUUUCAUCGGUGGAAGCCAACUGCGACGACGACUUAAAGCAGGGCAAGAGCAAGAUGCUUCCACCGCUAAAAUUUAUCGCAUCUCUCUAUGGAAGCCUCUAUUUUUGAUCAAUUGUUGUGGCUCGGAUUUUUUCGGAUUAUAAACCAUCAAAACCGACCCAAUGGACACAAAACCCAAUAGGGUUUUAAAUGUUUCAGGUGAGUUUGGGUUGCGAUUUAUUAAAACCGACAUGUAAGGGUCGGGUGGUCAAAAUGGUCCCAAACCGAUCCACCCAACUCAUGUUCAUCCCUAUCUGAUCUUAUAAAAGCAUUAAUCAUCUUGUAAAUUAUCAAUAUGACACACCAUAAUUUUUAGGCGUUAACAGUUCCUGAAUUGAUCAACCACACGACUAAAUUAGAAAUUGACUAAAUUUUAUGUCAUCGAGCGUGAACUAGGAAUAUAUCGUCUUUUACUGAAAAGAAAAACAGAGAGUAUGGUAGGACUGCAAAUGAGCCGAGUCGAGUCGAGUUUUACCCCAACUUGAGUUCGGCUCGAGUUCGAGCUAGCUUGUUUAUUAAAAUCUUAACUUUUAUUUGGUACUUAAUUUUGUAUAUCAUGAUACAUAUGAUUUAUUUUGUUAGCUAAUCUAUACUUUGUUGGUAUCAUAUAUCAUUUAGUUAAUAAAUUUUAACUACUCCAAAUCACGUUAUUUCAUAGUAUCGAAGCAAUCUAUGAUGCAUAAUUUCUUUUGAAAGUAGAAAAUAAGAUAUAUUUGCUUACAUACUCAAUGUGUUAAACUUUAUAUAUGGUGAGAUAUAUAAUUUAACAACCAUAUGAAUUAAAAUCAUAAGAUAUAGAUUGAUUCGUCCAUAAGUUGGUAAUCGACUUGGCUCUCUAACCACAUGUUAAGACAUAUCCCCUAUGUUUGGCCCGACUUUUAGAAGUGCUUUUCGGCUUCAAAAGCCGAAGCAGGGCCAAACACCUCUAAAAGCUCGGCUUUUGAAAAGUCGAAAAGCGCUUUUGUAUAACAUAAAAGCAGAAGCUCCGAUUUGGAGCUUCUGCGAAAAGCUGUUUUGAAAAUACAAGAUUAUCCUUACAAUAUUUUAAUUUUAUUUCAUAAAAUAUAAUUUUCCUCAUUUAUAUCAUUUUAAAAAUAAAAUAAAUUAUAGAAUCAUAUUAUUUAAUAUAAAAGAAAUCUAACAAGAUCCAAUUUGACUGCUUUUUAUUGUUCAGAAUUUUUAUUCAUAUUUUAUAUUAUAAGUCUUUUAUAAUCAUUUUACACAACCUCUCAUAUUAAAAAAGUAUUUUUAAUAGUUUUACAACCAAACACUCAACUCCUUUUUUUGAAAAGUACUUAUCCAAAAGCUAUAGCAGGGCCAAACUAAGCUAUUAUGAGCUCUAAAUGAGUCAGCUCACGAGUUUAGCUCAAUAAACCACCGAGUCGAGAUAGCUCGCGAGCUUCACGAGCUGAACAAAGGUGAGCUCGUAUUCGCUCGUUUAUUAACGAAUCGAAUUUCGAACGAGAUUUUCUCGAGUCGAACGCCAAACUGCUCGCGAACAGCUCUGCUCAUUUGCAGCCCUGGAGCUUCGAUUUGCAAUAACUCCAUUCCUUAGAUCCGGGCCGGGCCGGGCCCAGUCGUUGCUAAUAUAGGACUUUUCUGAAGACAUCCCGAUCCUCCUCCGUGAGCAGGCCUUUUUACCCCGCUGACGGACGUUCACUCAUCUCAAUCCAUAGUAGCUGUCAGAAGAAAAAAAAUUCCUUCUUCCACGCAAUCGACGGACGACACUCAGUCUCCGACCACCACUCCGGACACGUGUCAUCCAUCUACGCCCGCUCUUACGUGCAACGUGCUGUGACGCUAUCAUACGUGAAACACUCAAUAGAAAAUGGCGAAAACAAACUUCGGUCGGGAAUUUGAAAUUUGUUCCCCUCUGCCAAAAGAGACGUUAUGUGGCCCUUUAUUUGAACUGAGAAGAAAAACAAGAAACAAAGAAGAUAGUAGUAGUAUAAGUAUUCAUGGCGUUUUUCUUUUUCUCUCUGGGUCUCCAUUAAAUGCAGUUGAAUUGAACUAUUGCAGCAGUUGGCAAAGAAAGAACGACAAGACCUUUCUUCUUCUCACUUCUUCUUACAGUCCCUGUCGCUCUCUCCGAUCUCUGAUAAAAUCUCUGUGCACCGUAAUCUUUACUUGCACCUGUUCAAGAGCCAGAGCGUGAAAGACCAGAGCAUUUCUCUCCCCUUCUUCUUCAUAUUGAUUCAACUCUGACAUUUGACGAAAAGAAACAGAGUUGUUCUUCAAUGAAGAGGCAGAGCAGUUCGACUUUCUUUCUUGGCUCGAAUUCCAGGCUGAUUCCUCGCAUUGCUAUUGUGAGUCUUUUGUCCCUACUGAGAAAAGGGUUUUUACCUUCUGGGAUUUCCCUUUUCUUCCUUUUCCAAUGUUUCCGUUGAAUUGCGGCAAAGUGGGUCUUUUCUUUCGGUUUCUAGUCGUGAUUCGUUGAUCUUGGUUCAUGGGGGAAAUGUAGUUUCGGCUUGUGUGGAUUUCUGGGUCCUGUUCUGCUCGUAAGAAAGUGAUAGUCUUUCCAGCUGAUGAUGCUAAUAAUGCUGAUUUGAGAUCGGCUAUCUCCCUUCUUUUCUUUUUUUUUUCGCUCGCCUAAUGUUUGAUGGAAUGCACAGUAUGCUAGCAAUUGAGCUCAUUUCCCAUCUUAGGUGUCUAGAAAGUUGAGCUCUUUCCAGAUUACAUACGGAGCUGUAGUUUGUAGAGAAUUGAUUUUAAUGUUUGACUCUCAUUGAUUAGUAGAUACCCAUCAGCUAGGGUUUUAAUGAUAAAACAAUCUGCUGUUAUAGGAUUCUGCUGAUGAAUGAGGUCAGCCAUCUGUUUGCUUGACAAGGGCUUGAUACUUGGUCCAAGGAGAUGAGGAUGGAGAGGGAAGGUGGAAAGAAUGGAGGAGGCUAUACGGGUGGUUUCUUUCAGCUGUUUGACUGGUCUGCAAAAUCAAGGAAGAAAUUGUUCUCAAGCAAAUCAGACUUACCAGAACGAUCAAAGCAAGGAAACCGAAGUGAUGGAAACUUGCCAACAACACGGUUUCGUCUGAUGGAUGACGACGAACUUGGAGGAAGACCAUGUAGCAUAAGAAGUGGUGGUGACUACAGUUGUGCUUCUUCAGUCACUGAUGAAGACGGAUAUGGAGGAGCUAGGCCAGCUGGAGCAAUAGCAAGGCUCAUGGGACUCGAUUCCAUGCCAACGACAUCCAGUUUCCUCGAGCCCAAGUGCACCACCGAAUUUUCCGAUACCCAGUCACUAUGUGAAUCUUCUUCUCACAGUAGCAGGAAGCAAUUCACUUACUACCAUCAUGACUACCACAGCAUGUACUCGGGCGAUCUGCCACAUAGGCCUCAAAAGGCGGUAAGCAGACCUAUGGAGAAGUUCCAAACCGAAGUCUUGCCUCCCAAGUCUGCUAAAUCGAUCCCUAUUACUCAUCAUAAGCUCCUCUCACCUAUAAAGAGUGCCCAUUUUGUACCGAGCCAUACUGCUGCUCACAUUAUGGAAGCCGCUGCUAAGAUCAUCGAGUCUAGUCCACGAGCUCCUCCUCCCAAGCCAAAGCUCUCUUCUUCAUCAUCGGCACCCUUGAAAGUUCGCAAUUUGAAGUCGAGACUUGAAACCCGUGAUCAUGUGAAGGAGAAAACUGCUGCUCGGAAGCUUAGCGAGUCGAACACUGCUAAGUGCUUGAAAGGCCAACCUAUGAACAAGAGCUGGAAUGGAUCAACUGUUGAUGCAGCAACUACUUUUAGGGUUUCUCAGGAGCUGGAGGAAGGAUCUUCUUUGUCUUCUGGUCAAAAGAGCAGGGGAAAAUCUGUAUCACUUGCUGUCCAAGCAAAGGUUAAUGUACAACAGAGAAGAGAAGGCUUGAACUCGAGAGGUAACCGAGGUGUAGAACAACAACAACAGCAACAGCAGCAGAAAGAGCGAGAAAGUGGUGAUGUGGCAACAAGCCAGCAGCCAUUCAGGAGUCAACAACCAAAUUUCCAGAAGAAUUCAUCUCAGAGGUCUGCUUCUUCGUCACCAGUGCUUAGACAGAAUAACCAGAAACAGAAUUGCUCAAUGGAGAAAGAUAAAUCAUCCCCAAAGCCCUCCAUUUCAAGUGUCCAGAGUCGAAAAGUAAACUCAGUGAAUCCUUACGAGCGACCCAAAGCUUCAGGAAAAUCUUCUGCCGGUUAUAGGUAUGGGUCCAGGAAAUCAGGCACAGAUGAGGGUCGUUCAUCAAACUACACUACAAAGAACACUCCCCCAAGGAAGAAACGGUUAAUAGAUAACAUGUCGAUUGACAGAAGCCCAACGGAGGAAGCUGAGAACUAUACUUGGGCGGCAGAAGAGAGCAAGAGGAAAGGAAGUGAUGUAGUGUCAUUCACAUUCACAACUCCUCUUGCAAGAUCUACAUCAAUGCCCGAAACGCCUAAUCGUAGCAAGAGAUUGUUGGUCGAUGCAGAAGCCAUAAAUUUGUCUUCAGGAGGAGAUGCUCUGACUUCGCUAUUAGAGCAGAAGUUGAGGGAACUAACUGAUGCUGUUGAGUCCUCUAGACGCAAUACCAUUAGCAAAGUUGGAUCAGCUGAUGUUAAGGAACAGCAGAAGCAGCAGCAACUACUAUGUCGAGAGAAAGUGGUUGGGGGCUAUGGGGCUAAUUCGUUUUCACCUGAUCCUGUGGCAUAUAGAUUCAAACCUAUAUUUCAGCAGGGGGGAGUCGAUGCAAUGGAGGAAUGCAGCAGCAGUAGCAGCAAAUAUUACGAUGCUGAAAAGCUGCUAGAUUGCAGGCGGCCAAGCCCGAUCUCGGUUCUUGAGCAUUCUUUCUCAACUGAAAGCAGCUGCACAUUGGAGAGCAUGGACAGUAGCAGUACAGAAGGCAAGCAGUGCUCAUCCUCUAUUCAAGCACAGGAAGUCCUUAGCUUUACUUUCCCAAAGAAACGUCACCAACCAUACGCUGAUGCAGAGCUACUUGAUUCAGCUUCAUCUACAAGCUCUCACACAUUACCAGACUUCAAUAAACAAAGUAACUGGGAGGGUGAAUACGUGAAGAAGAUGCUUGUCUAUCUGGACUUGAUGGUCCAUGACUUUGCAAUUGGUAGGUCCCGAGAGGUCGUGAACCCUCACCUCUUCAGCCAGAUAGAGAAAGACCACAGUGAUCAGUGGAAGCUUGAAAAGAAGGUGCUGUUUGACUGUGUGAGUGAAUGCCUGGAUUGGAGAUGCAGGAGAUACAUCAAUUGCGGGUACAAAGCGUGGGAAAAGGGAGUUACUGUGAUGAGAAGAAAAGACUGGUUGGCCGAGGAAGUGCAGAAAGAGAUUGUGUCGUGGAGAAAGAUGAGAGACUGCAUGGUGGAUGAGCUUGUGAACAAGGACAUGGGAAGCCAAUAUGGGAAUUGGCUUGACUAUGAAGAAGAUGCAUUUGGUGUUGUUGGAGAAGGGAUUGAAGGGUUAAUACUCGAUUCAUUGGUUGAUGAACUGGUUGCCGAUAUCCAGAAGCACCCUUGAUUGAUCCGGCAGAGGAUUGAAGAUGAGGGUUACUCUGUUCAAUGACGCGUGAAAGUGAGAUUGGAUUUCUUCUUUUCCAUUCAGGUAUCUGCUGGGUUUUCUGCACUUGUAAGGAACCAUAGGUUCUUAAACCAUGUCUUAAUUGCAUUUUGGCUUUCUAUAAAUAGGUGAAAGGUUCUUUUAUUCUAUAAAAGAAAAUUGUAGGUAAAGUAUUUUUGUCAGAAUUGCAGGCCAUUUUGAUUCUCUUCAGACCUGGAAAGUACCCUUUUCAGAGGCAUUCAUAACACACUCAACAGACACUCUUCAAAAUCGAAACUUGAUUGCAUUGACAUUUACCUACGGAUAAAGGGUUGGCAAAUUUUCAGCAAUAAAGUAUCCUUUUCAACACCCUAAAAGUUCUUAAAAAUCAGGCCUUCAUCAAGGGUUGUCAAAUUAGUAAUCAAACCAUUGAAGAUUA